UACUCUCUUUUCGGGGGCAGGCUUAGGGGGCCGAGCGACUUCUUUUAUUAUUUGUUUUUUGUUUUAUUAUUUCUUCAAAAUUUAAAAAUUAUCCCCAAUCAUGCUGGUGACCUGCCCAACGGUCGAUCCGGUGAUAAAGCUGAUCGAGGAGCUGAAGAAGCACAAGAUCUUACCCCGUCUGCUUCCUUGCAAGCCAUCGGUAUUGAUCAAUGUCCUGUAUCCUUGCGACAUUGAAAUACAGCCGGGCGAUCAAAUUGUGAUCACCGAGGUGGUCAUCGAGCCGAUCAUACGCUUCAUUGCCGAUCCGGAGAAGUUUCAUACGCUGAUAAUGGUUGAUUUGGAUGUGUCGCCGGACAGCGAGUGGCUUCUCUGGCUGGUGGGCAACUUUCGGGGCUGCGAUGUGGUCUUGGGCCAGACAAUAGCAGCCUACGACAAUAUGCGGCACACGGAGGGUGCAAAUAUUCAUCGGGUUGUAUUUCUGGCAUAUCAGCAGAUCCUAGAGCUGGAUUUUGAUGAGCCCUACAUGCCCGCGGGCCAGACGGCGGGUCGCAGUGGAUUCAAUUGCAAUCGAUUUGCCCGGAAAUAUGCCUUGGGGAAUCCCCGGGCCUGCAAUUUCUUCUUAAAUGAAUGGCAAAUCAGAUGGACGCCCCAGCUUUUGGAUAACAUUUUACCAAAAGCGACAUAAUUAUUUCUCUAUUCAAAUAUCAUCUCUAGCCUAGAGUAUAUUGUUGUUAAUUUAUAAAAAUUAUUAUUAAAGUAUGUUUUAAUCUA